AUGGCUUGUCGCCAUUUCUUUAAGGUAGUUCUUGAAGAUACUAUUCGGAGUGGCAAACUUGAAAUUCCUCGCAAAUUUGCAAGAGAUUAUGGGAAUCAUCUGUCAAACCCGGUGUUCAUUAAGGUCCCAAAUGGUGAAAUCUGGGAAUUAGAAUUCACAAAUUCUGGUGGCAAAAUGUGGCUGCAAGAUGGCUGGCAAAACUUUGCGGAGCAUUACUCAGUGGAGCCUGGACAUUUCUUGGUUUUCAGAUAUGAAGGGCAUUGCCAUUUCCAUGCCAUCAUAUUUGAUAGAACUGCAACAGAGAUUGAAUAUCCUGACGUUAAUGACAAUGAGGGAACUCAGAAACAAGAGGUGAAGAUUAAACAAGAAUCUGAAGACGAUGAACCCGUAAGCAUCAUGAAUGAAAUCUCUCAUGGAUUAAGAGAGAAACCUGGAUUGCAAUGUCCUCGGCCUCAUAAGACGAUGAAGUCCGAGCCUAUGCUUUCAGGGUUUUCUGCUGGAACUGGAAGAGGUGAAAUGGAAUCAACGACUGCUUCCAAGGUGACAUCUAAUGAAAAAUUCAUGGUUUUACAAAGAGUUGCCAGUGCUUUCCAGUCCACAAAUCCAUUCUUUUUGGUUCUAAUGCAACCAACUUAUGUAUCUCAUAAUCCCAAACAUAGCUGUAUCCUGGGAAUACCAAGAGAGUUUUCCAGAUUAUUUUUGAAACAAAAUGGGAAUGUAGUUCUGUGUGAUUCUAAUGGGAAAAGUUGGGCGGCUAAGUACGCAACAUCUCUCGGAAGUAACCAACGAUCAUAUGUGAGACUCUGCAAUGGAUGGGGUGCUUUCGUACGAGAUAAAAACUUACAAGUCGGCGAUGUUUGCGCCUUUGAGUUAAUCAAUUGCAAACAAAUCUCAUUCAAAGUCUCCAUUUUUGAAGGUAAGAAGUCAGGUUUCCAUGGAUCACCACCUUCCACUGAUGGUUACUUUCCUGCAAAAAGGGAAAGUGGAACCUCGUUUACUCAGCCAUUGAAGGCCCGUGAAACAGCGCUUGAAAAAGCACUGGCAUUCACUUCUGAAAAUCCUUUUCUUGUUGUUGUGUUACGACCAUCAUAUAUCCGAACGGAUGCAUUGUGUAUAUCAAACCAUUUUGCCAGGAAACAUUUUGAGAGUGACCUCACCAGCGUUGAUGUAAAUCUUUGUCUUUCAAAUGGGAAAUCAUGGCCGGCUAAGUAUCUUCGACGAAGCAUUGGCAAUCCAAAUGGUAAAAUCUGUCAUGGUUGGAAGGCAUUUGUGAAUGACAAUAAUUUACAACCUGGUGAUGUUUGUGUCUUAGAGAUGACAAAUCAUGCCACUAAAAUCUCCUUCAAAGUAAUCAUUUUCAAGGCUAUUGCAGAUGCAAAUUCCCACCCUUUAGAAGGAGUUAGUCAGAAACCUUUAGGCUUGACUUCACAGUCCCUUAAAGCUGCUACUGAAAUGACCUCAACGCUUCCAUUCUUCAGAAGUGUUGUGCUGCCAUUGCACCUAAAGGAAAAACGUGCGGGUAUACCAUUCGGAUUUGUGGAGCAAUAUUUAAAGCCAAAUAUGGAGACGGUGAUACUUAAGGUUGAAAACAGAUCGUGGCCUGUAAAGAUAGCAAGCAACCCGCAGAAUCGGCAAGCUAGAUUUACCAACGGUUGGAUCGAAUUUGCAAGGGAAAACUUUCUGAGAGAAGGAGAUAUAUGUGUGUAUGAGCUAGAUGCAGUGAAGCAUGGCUUGUUAAACGUAUGCAUUUCCAAAUCUGAUGAUUAAAAUUGUAAUCAACAUCUAUUUUUUAUGUGGAAACAAUCUGUCCAUCGCGGUUUAAAGAUAAAAACCGAAGGUUGUAGGCGUUGAAAUUAACUGAGAUAAAUCCAGUUCUGAACAGAGCAUGUUGACUUCUGCCAAA